UCUUGUUCUUUGUCUGAUUAAGAAAGCACUUACACCAAGCAUGGGAAGUACCUAGGGAACUUAAGGAAAAUGCAAAGUCUUUGGGCUAGUUUGCUCUUCACCAAAUUCCGCUAAAAAGCCUUUGUGGAUCACAUUUUAAAGAAAUUUAAUGAAAGGAUUUCAAGCGGCAUCAAAAGGAAAAACAUGGGGAUACUGUAUUCACAGCCCAUUUGCCAAGCAGCUUAUAAUAAUGACCUCAAUGAACUUCAGCUCCUAUUGGAAGAAGACAGAAAUAAUCUGAAUAUCCAGGACUAUUUUGGUGGAGACACGCCAUUAAUCUGUGCAUGCAAAAAAGGGCACAAUAGAAUCGUCAGUUACCUUCUGAAAAUGAAUGCUGAUGUAAACAUAAAAAAUAAGAAAGAAAGAACCUGUUUGCACUACGCAGUCAAAAAACGAUUUGGUUUCCUUGAUUAUUUGCUCAUCAUACUUUUAAUGCCUGUUAUGCUACUAGGAUAUCUUCUCAUGGUUUCUAAAAGUAAGCAGAAUGAACACCUCAUCAAGAUGCUGCUUAGAGCUGGUGCCUAUGUUAACGCUCAAGAUGAUUUGGGACGGACUGCCCUCCACUAUGCUUGUGAAAUGAAAAACCAAUCCAUCAUUCCAUUAUUAGUUGAAGCAGGUGCUGACCUUUCCCUAAAGGACAAGGAUGGAGAGACUCCGUUGGACAUAGCAAGAAGAUUAAAAUUCCUCAACAUAGAACACAUAUUAAAGAAGGAUUCCUAGAUCAUUAUAUCAGAUAUUGUUAGAAAAGCUCCAACCCAUGGGGCCGAUUCAUUGUGAUAAAUGUAAUUCCUUUUACAAUUUCAAGUGACAUCAAGCAGCCAAUAAGCUUAUGCAAAAGAAUAGACUGCAUUAAAUCCUGUUGCUGGAGGUUUAACGGGUGAUAAAAUCAAAAUGAGGUGGUCAAUUCUGUGAGCAUCAAAAUAUUAUUUUUACUUUCAUGAUUGUCUUACUAAAGUACAACGUUUGUAAGAGUAUAAUUCAGUGUUUUUCAAACCUGACAACUUUAAGAUGUGUGGACUUCAAUUCCUACAGUUCGCCAGCUAGUUGAAAUCUACACAGUGGUUGUCAAUUUGAAAACCAUUGGUAUAGUAUAAGCCAUAUUAUUUAUUUCAUUGGUAUUAAAUUGUGCUAUUUAUAUGUGUUGUAAUCCAAAACAGGUUUAGCAAUAAAGAUGUGUUGUAAAUUGA